AUGGCGACCGAAUCGUCGUUUCCUGUGGCAAACACCAAUAUCGAUCUUCGGGGUUCGCAGUUCCAAGCAAACAAAGAAAGUUGGACACCUGUGCUUGACAGAUUUGAGGAAGCUCUAAAGCAAGUUUCCGCUGAAGGAAAUGAUGUUUCUCUACGAAGACACAUCAGCCGGGGUCAGCUGCUACCAAGGGACCGUGUCGCGCUAUUGCUAGACCAAGACUCGCCAUUCUUGGAACUUGGAGCAUUUACCGGGUUUGGCAAUGAGGAUUCCACCCCAUGUGGCAAUCUGAUUGCCGGGAUUGGAAAUGUUUGUGGACGCAUAUGUCUUCUUAUGUCUCAUAUUCCGACCCAAAGUGGAGGAGCUUGGAAUGAGAUGACAGUGCUGAAAGUCAACCGCAUGAUGGAGAUUGCAUUUGAGAACGACCUUCCACUGAUCUCCUUAGUUCAAUCGGCCGGCGUGUUUUUGCCGCAACAAUUCAAAGUUUUCCAUAAAGGAGGUCAGCUAUUCCGCGAUCUUGCCCUCCGAACUAGACACGGAAAGCCUUCAUGUGCUAUUGUUUUCGGAUCCUCAACGGCCGGAGGAGCGUACCAUCCAGCGUUGUCGGACUAUACGAUUUUUGUCGAGAACCAAGCUCAAGCUUUUCUUGGUGGGCCUCCGCUCGUGAAGAUGGCCACUGGUGAAGUCAUUGGGGCAGAAGAGCUGGGCGGUGCCAAAGUUCACGCAAUAACAACCGGUCUUGCAGACCAAAUUGCGUCUGAUGAGUUCGAUGCUAUUCACAAAUCACGAGAGUGGGUAGCUUCCCUUCAAGCACGUGUCCCCUCAGUGCCCGGGUUGAUUGGGUCACUGCCCCCGAGAUACCCCAUUGAGGAUGUGCUAUCAAUCGUGAACCCCGAUAUCCGAAAGCCAUUUGAUAUGCGUGAAGUUUUGUUGCGUAUCGUGGAUGACUCCCGUCUCUCAGUCUUCAAACCCAAAUACGGCCCGAAUAUGAUUACUGCGUCGGCUCAUAUUAUGGGCUUCCCUGUUGGUAUCGUUGCCAACCAGCUCUCCGUCAUCAAUCCCAAUGAGGCGGCGAAAGCCACUCAGUUCAUUCGCAUGUGCAAUCAACAACAUACUCCCAUAAUUUUCCUUCACAAUGUCACUGGCUUUAUGGUCGGGGCUAAGGCCGAGCACGCUGGAAUCAUCAAAAUGGGUGCACAACUCGUUUCGGCGGUCAGUUGCUCCACCGUGCCUCAUAUCUCGAUCAUUUUGGGCGCUUCAUACGGAGCUGGCAACUAUGCAAUGUGUGGCCGUGCCUAUAGCCCCCGAUUCUUGUUUUCAUGGCCUACUGGCCGUUGCAGUGUGAUGGGCCCAGAUCAGCUGUCUGGUGUUAUGGAAAAUGUGCAGAUAGCCAGUGCCAAAUCCAAAGGCCUGACUCUUUCGCCAGAAAAGCUCAAGAAACAGCUCGAUGUUGAUUGA